AUGGAAGUGCCAAAUUCACAGAAUGUGCUUGGCGAAAAAGCGAUGCCUCAUAAGUCGGUUCAAAAUUGGCCCAAGCGAUUCAAAGACGGCAAAUUCCACCUCAACGGCAUCAACCGCACCGAACGCUCCUCUGCAUUCCAUGGAAAGCGUCUGAAUCAGCCAGUUCACAAAGAUCCACGCCAAUUGGCGAGCGAAUUGGCAAGGCAUAAUUGGCGAGAAUAG